CUCUCCUUCACACACACACACAUACACACACACACACAUACACACACACACCCAUAGCCAGCAGCUCAAUCCCAGUGAGGCUCAAGCCCCUCCCUGCAUCAGGCACCCAGCCCCUCCCUGACGCCCCUCUGCCACUCUUUGCUGCCCAAGGCACCAGCACAGCUUCUCCCAUCAUGGCAGACUCCUGUUUUUCUGGGCCCUGUGUUCCCACAGCCUCAGCCGCCUCAGUCUGCUCCAGUGAUGUGAGCUGUGGCAGCAAUGUCUGCCUGCCCAGUUCUGGCAUGGGCUCUUCCUGGCAGCUGGACGACUGCCCAGAGAGCUGUUGUGAACCUGGCUGCUGUGGGCCCUCCUGCUGCCCUGCCCCAUGCUGCACACCAGCCUCCUGCCUGACCCUGGUGUGCCGCCCAGUGUGCUGUGUGCCCGCUACCUGCCAGCCAGUGUGUGCACCCAGCCCCUGCCAGUCUGUGUGCACCUCCUCCUGCUCCGCAGACUGCUGCCAGCAGUCUUGCUGCCAGCCCACUGCCUGUGAGUCUUCCUCCUACCAGCAGUCCUGCUGCCCAGCCCCUAGUUGUGCUGCCUCUCCUUGUGCAGUGCAGUCCUACUGCUGCCUACCCCUCUGCUGCCAGCCCAGCUGCUGCAUUGCCCUCCCUGUGUGCUGCAAGCCCAGCUGCUGUGUGACCACAGCCUGUGCUCCAACCUCCACCUGCUGCCAGCCCAGCUGCUGCCGCCCUGCCUCCUGUGUGUCCCUCCUCUGCAGGCCAGUGUGCAGACCAGCCACCUGCUGUGUGCCUCUCUCCUGCAAACCCUCCUGCUGCACCACCACCUCCUCCUCCUCCUGCUGCUGUGCACCCUCCUGCUGUCCAGCCACCAGCUGCUGCCGCCCUUCCUCUUGUGUGUCCCUCCUCUGCCAGCCCACCUGCUGCAAGCCUGCCUGCUGCACUGCCACCUCUGGCUCAGAGUGUGCGGGGAUGGCCCUGUCCAUGGGCCCAUCUGCCAAUAAACUGCAUCAACUCACCAUCCUGGCCUCUCACUUGCCCUUUUUCCUCAUCCUGGGCCUGUGGAGGGAGGGGGAGCACAAAGCCUGCACAGGACAGCCUGCCAAGCCCAGGAGGCCACAGCAGACAGUGCAGGAAGUGAGCACCACAGCUCGCACAUGCUGCUCAGGCUUGCUGCCAUACAGGAUGCAGCUGCAGGGGCUGCAGGGUCCAGCCUGCCACCAGGUGUACUGGCAGGGCCUGGGCACACAGCAGGAGGGGGAGCACCUGCCGGCUCCACAGACUGCCUGGCAGCUGGUCACUACAGGGCAGGCUGAGCGGCAGCAAGAAUGGACACAGCAGAGGGGCUGUGGAGCAGCUAACACCAUGUGCCACACCAGCUGCUCCACUGGCUGCCAGCCAAGCUGCUCCGUGCCCCUGUGCUGCAAGCCAGUCUGCUGUGUCCGUCCUUGCUGCCGCCCGGCCUCCUGUGUGACCCUGCUGUGCCGCCCAGCGUGCCCUGUGGUGACCAGCUGCCAGGCAGUCUGUGGAGCUGGCAGCUGCUCCCCCUCCUGUUGUGUGUCCAGCCCCUGCCAGUCCACCUGCUGCCAGGCUAGUCCCUGUAGCCUUGUCUGUUGUGUGUCCAGCCCCUGCCAGUCCACCUGCUGUGGGUCCAGCCCCUGCCAGUCAGCCUGCUGUGUGCCUGUGUGCUGCAAACCCGCUGUGUGUGUGCCUGUGUGCUGCAAGCCCGUGGCCUGUGGGGUCCCCUCCUGCCAGAUCUCCUGCUGCCAGCCGGCUUCCUACACAGCCCUGGUCUGCAGACCCACAUGUACUCCGUCCUGCUCCCGGCCCACAGCUCCUACCUGGACUGCUGACCAUCUGUCCAUCCUCAGGACAGAUGAGCUUGGAGCCAAGCCUCCCUCCUCCUGCAUGGCCUUGGUCACCAUGGAGGGAUUCCUGACUGCACCAAUGGCCCUCCUGGAGUCAGGGUCUUGGCCCCCAGGGUUGUCCUUCAUGGAGAAGAGUUGGGUGUUUCAUCCAUGGCCUCAGCACAACAACACACAUGCCAGAAAUGUGGGGACCAGAAUCCAUACACGUCCCAACACACCUGCAGGCACCCAGACCCUCCCUGACGCCCCUUUGCCACUCUUUACUGCCCAAGGCACCAGCACAGCUUCUCCCACCAUGGCAGACUCCUGUUUUUCUGGGCCCUGUAUUCCCACAGCCUCAGCCACCUCAGUCUGCUCCAGUGAUGUGAGCUGUGGCAGCAAUGUCUGCCUGCCCAGUUCUGGCAUGGGCUCCUCCUGGCAGCUGGACGACUGCCCAGAGAGCUGUUGUGAACCUGGCUGCUGUGGGCCCUCCUGCUGCCCUGCCCCAUGCUGCACACCAGCCUUCUGCCUGACCCUGGUGUGCCGCCCAGUCUGCUGUGUACCCGCUACCUGCCAGCCAGUGUGUGCACCCAGCCCCUGCCAGUCUGUGUGCACCACCUCCUGCUCCGCAGACUGCUGCCAGCAGUCUUGCUGCCAGCCCAUUGCCUGUGAGUCUUCCUCCUGCCAGCAGUCCUACAGUUGCCUACCCCUCUGCUGCCAGCCCAGCUGCUGCAUUGCUCUCCCUGUGUGCUGCAAGCCCAGCUGCUGUAUGACCACAGCCUGUGCUCCAGCCUCCUCCUGCUGCCAGCCCAGCUGCUGCCGCCCUGCCUCCUGUGUGUCCCUCCUCUGCAGGCCAGUGUGCAGACCAGCCACCUGCUGUGUGCCUCUCUCCUGCAAACCCUCCUGCUGCACUACCACCUCCUCCUCCUCCUGCUGCUGUGCACCCUCCUGCUGUCCAGCCACCAGCUGCUGCCGCCCUUCCUCUUGUGUGUCCCUCCUCUGCCAGCCCACCUGCUGCAAGCCUGCCUGCUGCACUGCCACCUCUGGCCAAAAAUCCUGCUGCUGAACACAGGGCACUUGGCCUUUUCCACCCCUGACCACCUUCUGUCAGCCUCCUGCAUACAGCCCCCAAAACAUCAGGCUCAACAACUGGCCAAGGAAGCCAGUCCACCAAGCUACAGCUGAGCACAUCACCCACCCCAGCCCACCCAGGGUCUCCCACAAAGCUCCUCCAUCCCAAGGCUGACCCCAGUCACAGCUCCUGCUUC